AUGCUGAUUCAGAAUCGGCAAGAUGUUCACGUUUUCUCUCUGUUUUGUCUCAAUGUGGAGUAUGGCAGCUUUUCCCCGAUCUCGCCUGGCCCUAACAUGUACCUAGUGACCAGAUAUGGCUACGGAAGACAUUUCGAAUUGAUCGCGAAGCAACCCUCCACGGUCUCCAUGUUUCUCAAGAUGUCGUUCUGCGUCUUGUAUAUGCAUAUAUUUGUGCCCUCACGGGUCCUCAACUCAUUAUGCGUCGCCCUCAUCAUACUGCUGAUUAUGGAGUGCGUCGAAGAGAUCAUAGUGGUCAUUCUACAGUGCCGACCUGUGCAGGCGGCGUGGACCCCUAUCCCUGCGAAGUGUUUGAAUCUCACCCUAUUCUACUACGUCAGCUUCGGCAUCAAGUUAGCGACAGACAUUGCAAUCUUCGUCCUGCCAAUUCCUCCCUUGCUCCGACUUAGGGUUCGGGGCCUCCAGAAGUUCGUGGUAAUCCUGAUGUUCGCGCUGGGGUUGAUGGUCUGCGUGACGAGCAUCAUUCGCGUGACUUACAUCAAAGACUUGAAUCCAGACCAUACAUGGUCUCUAGUUGCUCCACUCAACUGGUCCGCGGUGGAAAUCUGCGUUGCAAUAUUCAUAUCCUGUCUACCCUCGCUCAAGACCUUGAUUACGAUCCAUUGGCAAAACGCCAGUCGUGUCACCUCGAGUAACACUGAUAGCACCGCCGAUUCCCUGUGCACCCGGAUCCGCACCUUUUUCCUGGGGAACGGCAAAGAGGCGGACCACGAGCAGCGGCAUACAUCUCCUGAUGGAACUGCUGGCGCUGAUAUUCCUCUUCCAGAGAACAAUGUCCGUACGGUGGACAGUGCUCACAGUAAUAUUGGGGGAGAUGUAUGA